AUUGAAGAUUGCUAUUUUAUUUCUUUGAAAAUAUAUUUUUAAAGUUUGUAUGAUUGUCAUUCUGAUUUUGAGAUCACUGAUCACUUUAUUACAUUAGAGAAUUGCACAAUCCUUCAAUUAGUCCUUCUGAAGAUGCUUAAGAAUAAAUUGGUAAUGAUGAAGAAGAACCGUGAGUGACAAUACACUUGAAGCGCUGCUGGGAGAUUGACCAUAUUUACAGGAAUUUUAUAUGGACUAUGAUCGAUCAACUUGGGUGUUUGGCGCCAGUUUAUUCUGCAAACAACAAAGUAAAUUUAGUCUUUUUAAUUAUAAAUAAUAAUAUUUACCACUCACGUUAGAAAUCCUUAGCUUAACCAUGUCAUAGAUUCGUCCCAUGAUUAUAGCUGUCGUAGCACUAUUUUGUACAGGUCAAUGCUUUAUCCUACUGUCUAUAGCAUUUUGCCAUUGCUUCUUCAUUUUCAGUAUUUCCUUUUUUUAUAUGCUUUAGACUGUUUUUUCUUGAGUUGAGGGUCUAAUGGAAACAACCUCUCUACCCCCAAGGUAGGUAGGGGGUAAGGUUUGCGUAUGCCUAUCUCUACCCUUCCAGAACCCUCUUUGUUUACAUUGGAUAUGUUGUUGUUGUUGAAAUGUACGAUUAUAUUUGUAAGGUACUCCCGAAGUCAAACAUCUAGAGCACGACAAAUAAACAUUUAUUGUUCAGACAUUUUCGUCAAGAAAUCCAGUCAAUGGUAAAAUCAAAGGUCGUUUGUUUAUUAAUGAUGAACACAUUUUAGAACUAGUCCUAAUAAAUAUGGAAGUAGCGACAACUUCAAAAUUAAUGCCUAGUAACUCUCUUGGGGGUGGGGGCAAGAAGGAAAAGGGAGUUACAACAUGGUGCUCCUGCUAUUUAAAGGCCCUUCUCCCCUGAUAUGAUCCAAUAUAGAGAAGACAUGGAUUUCGAUAGUUCGUUAAUGGAACUCCCAAAAUCCUCAUCAGCACUACCUUCAGAAUUACAAAGACCGAUUUGUAUGCAUAGCUCUAUGCCAAGUAACAACAAAAUUCAGCAGGAUGAAGAUGAAAGGGACCCAAAGUUUAUGCAAUUGCUAAAAGAAAAUCUCUCCUGUUUCUGGAAUCAACAAAAGGAAGAAAUUCUACGUGCAGAUCCAAAGAGAAAACCUGAGAUGCCCAUUUCAAGGAUCAGACGGGCUAUGAAGUCAAAUGAUCAAGUAAAGGUAUGUUCAUGGCUCUGACUUAUUCCAUUGACAUAGUUAAUUCAUUUUCUUUAUUUGCUAUUAGUUGGAACUUGAAACAUUUGAUCUAAUACUUGUCUUAUUAACUUUUAUUGAUCUGCUGUCUCUAA